AAUUGUUGCUAUGUGUGCAACACCCAUGUGUUAUUCUGACUUGACAUUCUUACCAUAAUCGAAACUUUGUUAUCGGCUAUUAUGAGUGUGGGAUUUCUUGGAGCGAGCAUUUGUAAACAUUUCUUUUCGCGAAGAAGUUUAAACAUGGUCAUAAAAGCAACUCUAAUUGAUUUAAGUGGCACUUUGCAUAUAGAAAAUGAGCCGACUGCGGAUGCUGUAAACGCAUUAAAAAGGUUGCGCGAUACGGAUAUUCAGAUAAAAUUUGUAACUAAUACUACAAAGGAAUCUAGAAAAACCCUUCAUGAGCGUUUACGAAAAAUGGGAUUUGAAUUGGAAGCACAUGAAAUUUUUAGUUCAUUAAGUGCUGCUGUGAAUUAUGUUGAGAAGGAGAAACUUAACCCACUGUACUUGCUAACUGAAGACGCGAAAUCAGACUUUCGUGCCUCAGAUCCAAAUCUUGAACUGGAUUCAGUAGUAGUUGGAUUAGCACCAAGUGAAUUCUACUAUGAAAAUUUGAAUAAAGCUUUUAAUUUACUUAUGACCAACAAGAAUAAUCGACUUGUAGCCAUACACCAAGGUAAAUACUACAAAAGAGCCGAUGGUCUAGCCUUAGGUCCAGGAGCGUUUGUUAAAGGGCUGGAAUACGCAGCGGCAGUAAAUUCUGUACUAAUAGGAAAACCCAAUGAAUAUUUUUUUAAAAGUGCCAUCCCUGAAGGUAUAUGUCCGGAAGAAUGUGUUAUGAUAGGAGAUGAUCCGAUUGACGACAUUGCUGGUGCAAUGAAGAUAGGGCUCAAAGGAAUUCAAGUGAAAACAGGAAAAUAUUUACCAAGCAUUACAGUUCCGGAGCAACCAACAGUCAUAGUAGAGAACUUUUCAAAAGCAGUGGACUGGAUAAUAAAGACUAAUUUAAAAUAAAGAAGAAAUGCAAACAAUCUCAAAGUAAAUUUGAAUUACAUAUAAAAUGUAAUUGCUAAAAUUUCAGUUAAAUUAGCCACUUUAUAACUAUGAUUCAAUUAUUUACAGUAGUCCAUGUGUCUAAAGGGGUUAAAUUCAAAUAGUUAAAAUUAGAUAUUUUGCUUUGUUUUUAUAAUUCAAUAAUAUAUUUAUGUAUAUUAACUUUGACAGGAAGUUUGCUAAUACCCACCCAAUAGGAAACAUUAGAGACCCUUUGAAAUAUACAUAUAUCCUUAUAUUAUAUAUAAAAAGCACGUGUCACGUUGUUUGUCCUCGA